AUGGCUCCGCAUACAGGUCGACGAUGUUCGGCUGUUUGCAUCGUGGUUGCCCUCACAGCCCUUUGGACAAACUCGGCAUUUUGCCCUGGCCACAUGGAAGUGCCAUCUUCUGACAGGGUCCCAAGCCCAACUCGGGGCUUUCAGCUCCCUAGGCCCAGGCUAGGGCUUAAACGGCCUGGAUCCUUAGAGUCAUGGAGAUUGGUUGGCCAAGUGAGCCGGGCAGCUGAAGACAAGGGCUUCGCAGGCAUGAAGAACAUCCUGCGCGUGCAGGCAGUGGGCUCGGGCAGAGGGAGCUUCAUUUUGGAGAUGGGGGGAAUCAGGAUCCUAGUCAAUCCCAAUUUGCAGGGCUCCGAUUUGAAGCCGGAAAAUGUGCACGAGGAGUUUGACUAUGUCUUCCUCUCGUCAGAGGAACCAGAGUUCUUUCAUCGACCAACAGUCGACAAGAUGAAGCUUACAAAAGUGAAGUUCGUGACAUCACAGAAGGCAGGACAAGAACUGGCUAAGAUGAUGGUGCGUAACUUGGCGGUUCUCCAGAAUGGCCCUGGCGGACAGUGCUACUUGCAGAAGAAGGACAAGGCUGCUGCGGCCGUCGGCGUCCUUUCCGCCCCCGGCUCUGGCAGCUUCCCCUGGGAGAAGCAGGAGCAGGGUUUCAUCUUCGUGAACUUAGAAACGGGAGCUGCGGUGGCCUACGAGGCAUUUGGGCAGUUCCUCAGCAAGGGCGCGUCCUCCAACAAGCCCGACAUCCCGGAAGAAGCCUAUCAGGUAGACUUUCUCAUCACCCCCAAUUUGGCCGAAGCUGCCGGGGUUGCAGCGGGUCUGACACAAAAGGGGGCCAAGCUUCGAGGAGUUUUGCGCCUGCCAGGGGAGGGACCCAUCCAGGAGGAGGAGUCUCCCAUGGCUGCUUUGGAUAAGGCCUUCGGGGGCAUCGAUGAUGAUCCUGAUCAGUUUCGCAAUUUUCUUAAGGAUCAGGGGCCCCCCCUCUCAGACACCCGGCUGCUCAUGGCUGAGCCCAACGGAGCGGCUGUCGAUUUGGAGCUCUGA